AUUUUGGGCUGCGUUUUUCUCUUUUUCCUACUUUGACGAGAGCGACUUCAAACAUCAGCCUUUAUCGCUUCAGUCACGAGUUUCAUGACGUGUCAUCCGCGACUUUAAGUCAUGAAAUCGUGUUGAGAACGCGAGUAUCUUCUCCUCUUCCCGAUUUGGAAAAGGGAAGACGAAAGAUAAAAAUCUGGGUACCAAUUUGCAGCGAUCGGCUUUUUGAUCUUCCCGAUCUUUGCGCGCAGUUUCCCGCCGCCAGUUCUCUUCACUACCUUCAGAGCUCAGAGGAGAUGAGGAAGCGUACGGUGUUGGCAUGGGGCGUUGCUAUCGUAUGCUUCGUAGUACUGAUGUUAGUCACUCCAGCAAUUCCUCAGUCUCAGGAAUACCACGAUUUUGCCGAUCAACGUGAAUUCUUUGGAAUACCAAACACAUUGAAUGUGAUUUCCAACUUCCCAUUCUUCAUUGUUGGUCUAAUAGGCCUUGUACUUUGCUACUACAAGAACUACUUUAAGCUAAGCUUGCAGGGUGAGCUUUGCGGUUGGACAUUUUUCUUCAUUGGUGUUGCAGCAGUUGCUUUUGGUUCCUCUUACUAUCAUCUUAAACCUAAUGAUGCUCGUCUUGUCUGGGACCGCUUGCCGAUGACAGUGGCAUUUACCUCAAUCAUCGCGAUCUUUAUUAUUGAGAGGGUAGAUGAGCGUAAAGGAACCUUGUCCAUUAUUCCCCUUCUCUUGGCAGGUGCAGUCAGUAUUUUAUAUUGGAGGUUUUUCGAUGACCUUCGUCCUUAUGCUUUGGUUCAGUUCGUUCCAUGUAUAGCAAUCCCCGUAAUGGCUAUACUAUUGCCUCCUAUGUACACACAUUCUACAUAUUGGCUGUGGGCAGCAGGGUUCUAUCUCCUAGCUAAGAUUGAAGAAGCAGCUGACAAACCUAUUUAUAGUUUGACUUAUCAUAUUGUGAGUGGGCACACGCUCAAGCAUUUAUGCGCUGCUAUGGUCCCCGUCUUCUUAACACUUAUGCUUGCAAAGAGGGAGGUUGCAGAAGAAAGGCUCAGUUUACUACAGAUGUGGAGAAUAUCAUGGAGCAAGGUCAAAGAAAAUGGCACGAAUAUAGAAAAUAUAUCAUGUACAUAUUCUGUUGUUCCCGUGGAGGAGGAAUCAAGAUAAUAUGUAAUACCUUGCUCUUUCUGUAGAGGAUAACAUGUAGAAGCAGCCACAACACUUCGAGUAGUAUUGUACAGAUCAACUUCUAUACUGGUCGUAAGGUAAAUGUAUCAAAUACUCUGAUGAAUAAACACUGCCUUGACAUGGAAUUGUGAACGUGAGUUUUUUUGAUCAA